AUGUCACCACCAACCGAGAAAACAUUCGGCAUCUAUGAGCUCGCCGAGCGGGUCCUCCUACACCUAGACGAUCAUCUGGAAAUGAUCCGGGGCCAGCGCGUUUGUCGUACCUGGAGAGAUGUUAUCCAAACAUCCCCGGCCCUCCAGAAGGCCUGCUGGUAUCAAACCGAAAUUGCCAAUGACGCUCAAAUGCAGCCAGUCCCUAUACGUGGUGAAAUAUGGAAAUUAAACCCUGCUUUCAACCGAAUAGGCGUCUCAGUAUCUAAAGAUACAUCAACGAACGCGGACUGGGUAGGCCAGCUUCAGGAUAAGGGAGAUUUCAGUUUGGAGGAACAGAUCUACGAUGAAUCUGGAUCAUGGACGACUAUGCUGGCCACGCAGCCUCCCUGCCAGCGGAUGCUGGUGGAAUGCUACAGCGACUAUUCCGAUGAUCAGACAAUGACCUAUCUUAUUGUAUCUAUGACACGCUAUCUUCUUAUGGGCGAUAUCAUGGCCGUCUUAGCGGAGUGUCAGAACCGACAGCGAUGCGGCCUGGAUCGCUGGACUGCGAUACGCCACUACACGGGCCGAUUAAUCCGAUGGGAAGGAAGUGGCUGGGACUCCUAUAACUGGGCAGCUCUUGACAGAAUGCCGGAUGAUGUCUCGAUUAAAGUUGCAGUUGAGCUGCCUUGGGGAGUAACAGGAUAUCCAACUUUUUCUCUCCAACGCCUCAACGGCAGCAAAGACUUUCUGCAUGAAAUGAUCCUGCAUAGAAUGAUAACGGAUGAAGGGCAGGAAUAUGAGUGGGACUCUAGACAUGCAAAUAAACCUGUAUGCCAGACAGAGUACAAGGCAAAUCUAUUACUUCAUAUUGUUAAUGAUUCUAGUAGCAGCUCUACUCUGUUAUUGGAUGACUUUUGUGCUAUCGCACGUGACCGAUUAAUCAUCUCCUCACCCCACCAACCCGUUACUCCGUACGAGUCAACUCGCACCACUCACUUAUCCCCUCCUCACGCGCAAAUCACCCAAAUGCCCUCUGCAAACAAAGGCAAAGGCAAGGGCCGCGACGUGCGCCCCUCACGAAGCCGCAACACCACGCCAAGUUCAAGUUUCAGCGCGGGCCCACCGACCGCAACCUCGGCCGCCAGCUACCUCGACAACGACGCCUCGAGGCUGUUCGUCCCGGCGACCGUGCAGUAUGCCGAGAUCCUCGAUCGCAUGGGCGGCGUCGGCCCCAUCCCCGACUCCAAGUCCCUCGAGUCCCUGAUGGACCACCUCAAGACACUUAGUCAGCUGGCCGAGACGCGUGGGGAUGCCUGCAACGCAAGCAUCCGAGAGCUCUCGCAAAAGCGCAAGGAGGUGGUCGAUGAUGCGGAGCCGCUGGAAGGCGAGCGAGUGAAGAUGAAGCGCGAGGCAGACGAUGAAGAGGAGGAUUCGCGCGCGCUGAAGGGGGGCAAGUUGAAGAAGCGGAAGGAACGCGGCAGUAGCUCCAAGGAGGACCGGCCGUUGACGCAUGGGGCGCAUGAUGUCGCUCGUCAGGAUGGCGGCGAGACGAAGAUCGAAGGUGCUGCUUCGCCGUUGUCGAAGAAGUCGAAGAAUAUCUCGGAAUCACCAAUGUCGCCUCCAGGUUUGACAUCGCCUCGUGUUAAAGGCGACGACGCAGAGAAUGCCGAAUCGCCGGGAUCAGACGAUAGCGAAGAAUCGCACCAGCCUGAGCCUGCGCCGGCCGUGCCCCAGGUUCAAGUAUUUGGCCCUAACCCUCUGAAAUUCGACGACCCGACCAUCUACCACAUCCGAGACGUCACACCAGACAUGACCGAUGAAGAGAAAAAGGAGAUCUACUGCGUCAGCCGGUUCCCGCGGAGCGACCUCAGCCAUCUGAUGGCCGGCACGCCGCCAGACCGGGACUUUAGUAAUUCCAAACCUGCCAGUCAGGUCAAUGCCAACACAUUUCUCAGCUACAUCGAGCCAUACGUGCGUCCGCUGACGGAGGAAGAUAUCGCUUUCCUCAAAGAAAAGAAACAGGGCGACCGAACCACACCGUUCAUCAUGCCGCGUCGCGGCAAAAGACACUACAGCGAGAUCUGGGCCGAAGAAGACGGCAUCAUGAGCUCAGACCAAACCAACGGCGACAAAGACCGUCUCCCCCUGAACCAAGGCCGCGGAAACAUCGACCAACUCACAGACGACACCGCCGAAACGGACAAAGUCUCCGUCGGGCCUCUCGUCAGCCGCCUCUACUCCCUCCUCCGCUACGAGCACCGCGCCCCGCCUGACGAAACCACCAACACGAACGGCACCGCCGCCAACGGGGACGCCUCCGUCAACGGCGACGCCAUGGACCUCGACAACCCGCUCGGCGACACGAAUACAGAAACCAACCCCAACGGGAACCCCGCCUCCACAAACCCGGCUAACAAACCGCUCGCAUCCGCGACCUCCUUCCCAGACGCCUCGCCGAACGGCUUCAAAGUCCCCGCCGCGAAGCUAGACCACGCACAGCUGGACGAGCGCCUCAAAGCCGAACUCCGCCACGUGGGGUUCCUCGGCCCAGACGACAACCCCGACUACGACGCGCACUACGACGACGACAUCGCGCAGCGCCUGCGCCUGCUGCAGAGCGAGCUGAAGAAGCAGAUGAUCACGAACAGCUCGCGCAAGGCGCGCCUGCUGGACAUCGCCCGCGAGCGCAUGGCCUACCAGGAGUACAUGACCAUCCACGACGACCUCGACUCGCAGGUGCAGCAGGCGUAUCUCAAGCGCACCCGCACCCUCGGCAAGAGCAAGAAGGGCUCCCAGGCGAAACACCGCCCCGGCGGCGCCGGCGGCGGCAGCCACGUCGUCAGCGCUGCGGGCGUCGGGCGGCCGGCUAUUGGAGACGUGGCGCGCACGCUGAUGGACCGGCGCAAGCGCUGGCGCGACUGUAUUGGGCCGGUGUUCAAGGACUGCAAAACGUCUGUGCCUAGUCGGACCGAGAGCGUGUUUGAGCCGUCGUUGAUGGCAGAGAUUGAGAAGUCGGAGUUGGAGGGGUGGGAUGAGGAGCAGGAGUAA